UUGAGGAGGAGGAGGAGGAGGAGUCAACGGAGCCAAACGGGGGGCCCGGAACAAAAAUGUGCAUCUCCGACUGAAGGAACUUGAAGUCGCGUCGUACUCCGCCCUCAGCAUGCUGCGCGACACCUCCGGAAUGUUUAAAUGGACGGCACGUCGAGGUUGACAGCCGCUAUCAUCACUCACGAGUCCACUCACACCUCCACGAUGGACGCCAACUUCUUAGUCGUCUUCACUGCUGUCCUGCUCGCCUCCGUGCCACCGUCUUCGGCUACCUUGGAGCCUUACGACCUGUUGUACGACGACGCGGUGCGGGCGUUCUACAGCGGCGACUACGGCGGCGUGGUGCGCACCAUGGAGCGGGCGCUCAGCAGCUACGGCGGACUACGGCGCUCCAGAGUCCGCUGCCGGCUGAGGUGCCAGGACCAGCAUCCGUUCGGGGACGCCGUCUCCGACCUGGCCUUCUUCGACGUGGUGCUGCGCAGAGCGGCGUGCGUGGACGGCUGCAUCGAGCAAGACAUCGGCGUCCAGUCAAUGCAUAAAGUCAGCGAGGAUGUCGUGCAGGACUUCCGCAGGCGGAUCCCCUACAACUAUCUCCAGAUGGCUUAUCUCAAGCUGAAACAGCCAGACAAAGCGGCAGCUGCAGCUCAUACCUACUUCCAAGCCAAUCCAGAACACGUGGAGAUGAGUCAUAACCUGGAGCAGUACAAAGAUGGACAGGGGAUGGACAGGGGAUCAGAGGAUCACUUUGUGGACCGAGAAGCUCGACCUCACCAGCGCUCCUUUAGUGCGGCAAUGAGCUUAUACGAACAAGACGACUACUUGGGGGCCAGCCUUCUCUUCGAGGAGGCUCUGGUGGAGUACUACAAAGCCGAUGUGGAGUGCAGGACCCUGUGUCAGGGGCCACAGCAGUUUGAGGGCCACGAUCACGUUCACUACCGUUACAGUCUAUAUGAAGUGAUUUCAGAUCACUUCACUCAGGUACUGCACUGUGAGCACGAGUGCGUCCGAGAUCUCGCCACCCGGCCGGGCCGCCUGUCACCCAUGGAAAACUACUUGCCGCAGCACUAUGACUACCUCCAGUUCACCUACUUCCAGAUGGAAAGAGUUGAAGAGGCAUUGCAGUGUGCACUCACCUACCUUUUAUUCCAUGAGGGAGACCAGUUCAUGACAGAUAAUGUUGACUUCUACACAGAGGUGCUGGGACAUGACAGUGCACCACGAGAGGAGGCUGCACGGUACUUGAGGAGGCACAAACAAGAGCUGGAGCUUCUUCUGAUUGGAAGUCAAACCAUGGGUGUGGACUUCACUGAAGGGAAUUACUGGAGCAGCACGGGUGGGAGGGACGACUCCACCAGGGCUCGCUCUGGUACAGACGGUGGGAUGGAGUAUGUUCCCAACGCAGAGAAGAAGAACGUGAGUGUGGCUGCCUCACAGCAUCUCAAAGAAGGUGGGCCGUUGUUGUACGACGGUGUGCAGCUGGUGUACAACUCGGCUGACAUGAACGGGACCCAGCGAGUGCUGCUGGAUCAAGUCAUAACAGAGGAUGAAUGCGCAGACCUCCGACACCUGGCGCAGGCGGUCACAAUGGCAGGCGACGGCUACAACGGCAGGACGUCUCCUCACACCCCCAAUGAAAAGUUUGAAGGAGCAACUGUACUCAAAGCCCUGCAGUACAGCUACGAGGGCAGGGUGCCCAUGAAAAGCGCCCGCCUCUUCUACGACGUCAGCGAGCAAGUGAGAAGCAUCGUUGAGUCUUAUUUCCAGCUCAACUCCAACCUGCACUUUUCCUACACGCACCUGGUGUGCCGCACGGCCAUCACGGGCCAGCAGGACUACAGGAAUGACCUGAGCCAUCCCAUCCACGCCGACAACUGUCUGCUGGACACCGAGGCCAGUGAAUGCUGGAAGGAGCCCCCAGCGUACACUCAAAGGGACUACAGUGCAUUACUAUACCUCAAUGGAGACUUUGAAGGUGGCGAGUUCAUCUUUACGCAGAUGGACGCCAAAACAGUCACAGCAACCGUGAAGCCCAAGUGUGGCAGGGUGGUGGCGUUCUCCUCCGGUGGGGAGAAUCCGCACGGCGUGAAGGCUGUCACCAAUGGGCGGAGGUGUGCUGUGGCUCUGUGGUUCACCUUCGAUCCGCUCUUCAGGGAAAUGGAGAGACUGCAGGCAGAUGAGGUGGUCCAGACCUCGUUCACACAGUCUGUGCUGACUCACGGCCUCGAGAUCAACCCCAAAGAUGAACUGUAGACGUAGCCUCAACCUCAUCUGUUUGUUGAUGUUUAUUUAUUGUGGGAUUUGUCUUUCGAUAAAAAAACAAAAAAAAACAAAUCUAUUUUUGUACAAUUUUGAGUGCAGGUUCAAUGACAUUGGGAUUAUUUGUGGGGGGGGGGGG